AUGAAAAUAGCGAUUGAAGGUUGUUGCCAUGGUGAAUUAGAUCGAAUUUAUGAAACUAUCAAUCAAAUUGAAAAUGAACAAAAAAUAAAAAUUGAUCUUUUACUCAUCUGUGGUGAUUUUCAAGCGGUUCGCAAUGAACACGAUUUAUUAUCGAUGGCUGUUCCACCAAAAUAUCGUUCAAUGCAAGAUUUUUGGCGGUAUUAUUCCGGUGAAAAACGCGCGCCUGUUCUUACGAUAUUCAUCGGUGGUAAUCAUGAAUCAAGCGAUUUUCUUCUUGAAUUACCCUACGGUGGUUGGGUGGCGCCGAAUAUAUUCUACAUGGGUUAUGCAAAUGUUGUCAAUUAUAAUGGUUUACGUAUUGGUGGGCUCUCCGGAAUAUAUAAAGCUCAUGAUUAUCAUUCCGGCCAUCAUGAAUUGCCACCUCUCGAUGAUAAAACGGCCCGUUCGAUUUAUCAUAUCAGAAGUUUAGAUGUAUUUCGAACGAAACAAUUACAACAAGGUAAACUUGAUAUUAUGAUAUCACAUGAUUGGCCACGCGGUGUUGUUUGGUAUGGCGACACACAACGUUUACUACAGCGUAAACAAUAUUUUCAACAAGAUAUUUAUAGUAAUCAACUGGGUAGUGAACCAUUAGAAGAAGUGCUACUUCAAGUACAACCAAAAUAUUGGUUUUCAGCACAUUUACAUGUUAAAUUUGCUGCUCUAGUGGAACAUACGAAUGGAAAUCUAACACAUUUUCUUGCUCUCGAUAAAUGUUUGCCCGGAAGAGACUUUUUACAAGUUCUUGAUGUUGAACCAAUAUCACCCACACCAUCGCCAAGCAAUCGUCUAUGUCUUGAUCCUGAAUGGUUAUGUAUUCUAUCGAAAACUGAUCAUCUAUUGCAUGUUCAACGUACCAAUACAUUUUUACCAUCGGCAUCACAAAAUUCAUUCAGCCCCCAAGAAGAUGAUUAUAGAAAAAUACAUGAUGAUUUUUCAAAUACAUUCGAAAUACCGGAAGUAUUUGAACCGACAGGUCCUAUAUAUAAACCCGGCACUGGAAAUAUUCCAGUUGAUGUCGAACAACUGAGAAAAAAUAAUCCACAAACAGAAUUACUAUGUCUUAUGCUUGGCAUUCGAAAUCCAAUUGAUGUUAUAUUGAAUAGAAAAAUACAGCUUGAUCAGACAAAUUAA